AUGGCGGCUAGGGACCGCUUCGGUGCCUACGCUGAGCCGGGGUUAACACCGCUUCAGCGGGCAAUUCGGAAUGCCUGCGAUCCCCAGAACUAUGAGCCGAACCUCGCCCUGAAUCUCGAAGUUGCAGACCUGAUCAAUUCCAAAAAGGGCAAUGCGCCGCGAGAAGCUGCAGUGGAGAUUGUGCAAUUGAUCAAUGCUCGUAAUCAAAACAUCGCCCUGUUGGCGUUGGCGCUUCUCGAUAUUUGCGUGAAGAACUGCGGCUACCCUUUCCACCUGCAGAUCAGCACAAAGGAGUUUCUCAACGAGCUAGUUCGAAGGUUUCCCGAGCGUCCGCCGAUGCGCGCCUCGCGUGUACAACAUCGCAUUUUGGAGUCUAUUGAAGAAUGGCGCCAAACUAUUUGCCAAACAUCACGCUACAAGGAGGAUCUAGGCUUUAUCCGGGACAUGCACCGUCUUCUUCUCUACAAAGGCUAUGCAUUCCCAGAGGUUCGCCGCGAAGAUGCGGCCGUAUUGAACCCCAGUGACAACCUUCGCUCGGCUGAAGAGAUGGAGGAGGAGGAGAAGGAAGCGCAAUCGGCCAAGCUCCAAGAGCUCAUUCGACGCGGUACGCCUGCAGAUCUGCAAGAAGCGAACCGUCUGAUGAAGGUGAUGGCUGGAUAUGACAAUAGACACAAGACAGAUUAUCGUGCCAAGGCUGCGGAGGAAGUUUCAAAGGUCCAGCAGAAGGCCAAGAUAUUGGAGGAGAUGCUGCAAAGCCGUCAGUCGGGCGACGAUACUCCCGAGGGCGAUGUAUUUGAGGAACUGGCCAACGCGCUACAAAGUGCGCAUCCUAAAAUACAAAGAAUGUGCGAGGAGGAAUCGGAUGAUCCAGAAGCUGUUCGCAAGCUCCUUGAGAUCAAUGACAGCAUCCACCGCACGAUUGAGCGGUAUAAGCUUGUCCGCAAAGGCGACUUCGACGCGGCAUCGAAAAUUCCCAAGGGAACUCUGGGAACCACAACCGGAGUCUCGAAGAAUGCCAACAACGAGCUUUCGCUUAUCGAUUUCGAUCCCGAGCCAGCCCCAAGUUCCAACGGACAGGCUGGGUCGUCCAGUCAGGGAAAUGCGUUGGAGAACGAUCUUCUCGGACUCUCCCUCGACGAAGAGGUACCAGCUCUGGGAAGUGGGAUCUCGUUGGGGGCAUCAAGCAUGGGCUUCCCUCCAGUGCAAUCUGGGUCCGCUACAAUGACGACCUCCUCGCCAGCCACCCAGCAGAUCACUACUCCGCCUAAACCCAACUACGAUAUACUGGCAUCCAUGAACUCUUCUCAGCCCGGAUCUCGAUCAUCUACGCCGGGCCACAGUGUCUUAGCUCAGACCCGUUCGACUGCAAGCUCUCCGCAGGUUGCGGAUCCCUUUGCGGCGUUGAUGUCCGUCAACGCUCGGCCGAAACCUGGACCCUCCCAACCUCCGACAGGUCAGAUUCGAGCCGAGGGCGCUGCCUCGGCGGCGUUACUUGACUUGGCAGAUGGUGUUUCUCCCCCUCCUCCGUCUCAGCCCACGGCGUCACUGGGCACAGCCGAAGAUGACGAAUGGAAUUUCGCAUCAUCGCUGCCUCAAAGCAAUGCUCUGCCGUCAACCAACAAAAUUGUCGUCCUCGACUCGCAGCUUCGGAUCGAUUUUGUGGCUCGGCGCGUGCCAAGUGCGCCUCGCCAGAUCUUCAUCCAAGCUGUGUUCUCCAACACCACCACUCAGCCCAUCGGAGAAUUACAUUUCCAGGUAGCGGUGGAGAAGUCCUACACACUUCAACUCCGCCCGCAAUCUGGACGCGAAGUCGCUCCGCAGCAACAGUUCGGGGUGAAACAGGAGAUGGUUCUCGACGGAGUCGACAGCGGAAAGGGAAAUCUAGUCAAGAUUCGCUUCAAGGUCUCCUACAAACUCGGUGCCGAGUCUCGUGAAGAGCAAGGCAUGGUGCCUGCCUUGGGAGUUGCAUGA